GAAGCAAACGUGAUAGGCGCGUUUUAGGCGCGUUUUACAUUACUCGUUUUACUCCUUUACGUUGUCAAAGCUAUGUGUAAGGUGGUCAAUGUAAAACGUCGUUUUCAUCUUGUCAUUACGAAUAUUGUAAAACCAGUGAUUUUGCGUGAGUAGUGAAAGUAGCCAAACAUCGACGCUAUGCCUUAAACAUAAGAGUGAAUUCGAUUUAACUUUAUGGCGUUGUGAUUAAAAGAGUUAUUGAAGACUGAUGCCUAUUUCGAUCGUUUAAAUGGCGUUAUGAAUAUCACUAGUUUUUGUUGUAGUGGAAAACGAGUGAUCACUGUUCGAGCUCGUAACUGCAUAUAUAACCAGUUAUGGUUAAUAACGCCCAUCGCUAAUUCUGUUGUCAACCUGUCAGAUAAAAUAAAAAUGGCGUUGGGUUUAUAAAAAUCUUAGAAAAAUAGUGCUAUUUUACGUGAAACCGUGGAAUUAAAAGCGUCUUACUGGAAAAUCUAGUAAUCAUGCGAUAUUUCGACAAAUGCAGAUGUUGCCUCGAAGAUGGCGAAUUAAAAGAACUGUGGGCGGAGUAUGUUGAUGAUGGUGGGACAGAAAUCUAUGGACAAAUGUUAAACGAAUGUUUUUCCUUUUCUUGGCAAGAGUCGACCGAUUAUUCGGAGCAGAUCUGUGAGUCGUGCAUCAAACGGUUACGAGAUGCUAUGGUCUUCAGACAGGAAGCGAUGUCUGCCAAACAGAUUCUCGACGAGAUCAUCAAGCAAAACAUAGCAGAGGCGAAAUUAGACAGCAAACCAAUUAAAAUAGAGGUCCUUGAAGACUUCCAGGAGUCAGACGGUGACAAUGAGGAAAACCUGGACCAUGAACAGAUGGUUCAACAGUACAUGCAGCACGAAUACAUAGAAGAAGGAGAGACAAACGAAAGUUUAGAAGAUGAGCAAGAGAGCCAGGGUUGUGUGGACCAGGAGAGGGAGUAUGUGGACUGCUCCAGCCAGUCGGAGGGUCAGCCCGAUGUUGACAUGCAGGUGGAAUAUCUCGAGGAUGAUAGUGAAGCCCAAACGGUCCUGUCGCAGAAACGAAAAUGGCCAAAGAAGCGGAAGAAGGGUGAACGACUGAAGGUUUACAAGAACUACACAAGAACUGACCUCAUGAACGCUAUAGAGAUGGUCCUAUCCAAUAAGAUGACCAGGGCUGAGGCAGCUGCUCAAUUCAACGUGCCUGUUAAGACACUAGGGGCUAAGCUCAGAAUGAAGGAGGCGGCCGGAGAUAGUUACGAUGACCCGGAGACUAAAUCGCAAAGCUACAAAUUUUAUGAGGAAAUCCGCAUGAUACUAACUUACACCAACGCUACACCUUACAAGAGCAAGGUUAGCCGCUUCUUCUGCGCGUACUGUGGCACAGAUGGGCCCCUGUUCGAGGACCCUGUUCUCCUAAGGACACACACUCGCUCCCAACACGCCCAGGAACGUAUCAAGAACAUAGAAAUGUUCAUGAGACCUUUUCAUAUGAACGAAAUUAUUAAACUUGACAUAGAUAAACUGCAAUGCACCGUGUGUACAGUAGGUAUAGAAGAUUGGAACGCAAUGUUCACGCAUUUGCAAGAGCAACACGGCGUGACUUUAGACGCCGCGUAUACGAAAGCGAUCCCGUAUGUCUUGAAGGACGAUUUGCGCUGUGCUCUGUGCAGUGAAAAGUUCUCACAUUUUCAUCUGUUGGAUUACCAUAUGAAUGCACAUUACGGGAACUAUAUAUGUGGGGAAUGCGGUGACACGUUCUUAGCUGAGAAUAGGUUGAAGAGCCACGUUGAGACGCACAGCAAGCAACGAUUCCCAUGCAAUGAGUGCGGGAAAGUCUUCACGUUAGAAAAGUAUAGAAAGAAACACUACGAAGGCGUGCAUUUGAAGGAGCGGAAAUUCAAAUGUAGCUACUGCCCGGAAGUGUUCACAGGCGACUAUCUGAGGCACGCACACGUCCUGGCCCAGCACAAGGAGAAAAUCAAACUGAUCCAUUGUGAGUUCUGCAAGAUGACAUUCACAUGGAGACCAUACUACCUGAAGCACGUGAGACUCAACCACAGGAGGCCAGAGAGGAGGUUCAAGUGCAAGUUAUGCUCCAAGUGUUUUCACCAGAAACACGAGCUGAAGAACCACGAGGACUGGCACCAGGGCAACGGGUACACGUGCCCGGUCUGCGAUAAGAAGUUUUCAUCCAAGAGGUAUCUUCAAAAGCAUACUAUGACGCAUGGUGAUUCCACGUUUGUGGUCAUUGUCAAUAACGGUGAAGGGAAGGAGGUGAUAGAGGGUCAGUAGGUGUUGGACUGUCAGCAGGUGAUAUUACUGUCAGCAGGUGAUAUGACUAUCAGCAGGUGAUAUGACUGUCAGCAGUUGAUAUGACUGUCAGCAGGUGAUAUGACUAUCAGCAGGUGAUAUGACUGUCAGCAGUUGAUAUGACUAUCAGCAGGUGAUAUGACUGUCAGUGGGUGAUAGAUGGUCAGCAGGUUUACGGCCACCGGUAUUUACCUUUUUAAAUCUUUUAAAAAUUUUGUUUAUGACAACCCGGUAUGAGUUUUAUGUGGACGCUAUCUAACCUGAUGAAGUUAAUUUGCGGCCAGGGUGGACCAGUUGAGAUUGACGCCUCCCCCCCGCCCUUUAUUUCAGCGCACGGCACUACGUAUAGAACGGUAACGGAUAACAAAUUACUUUCGGAUAAUUUCGGUUACGGAUAUCAAUUUUUUAAGGAAUUCCAAAAGUAAAAUACAAAUAGGUCCCUAUAAUCGUAAUAGAGGAGCUCGGUGGCGCAGCGGUAAAACGCGCUCGAUCUGCGAUUGUUGAAGUUAAGCAACUUUCGCAAAGGCCGAACUCAUAGGACGGGUGACCACAAAAAAAAGUUUUCAUCUCGAACUCCUCCGUGCUUCGGAAGGCACGUUAAGCCGUUGGUCCCGGCUGCAUUAGCAGUCGUUAAUAACCACCAAUCCGCAUUGGGCCCGCGUGGUGGUUUAAGGCCCGAUCUCCCUAUCCAUCCAUAGGGAAGGCCCGUGCCCCAGCAGUGGGGACGUUAAUGAGGUGGUGAUGAUGACCUAUAAUCGUAGCUGGGCACCGUUAAGCAAAUAGUUAAUCCGCUACAAAAAAGUUAACUUCGUUAAACGUUAAAGCGUUACAUUUCGAAAGAAUUAACGCAAGUUAACGUUAAUCCGUUAAGAGGUAUGUGUUAAAUUGCGUUUUUAGUGCGUUUCGUUAGUGAACUUAUGUUGGUAUAGGUUCUGGAAGUUAACAGGUUAGAAAUAUUAUUAUUAUUUGUAUGUCGUUUCCUUUCUGUCUUUCGAAUUUUCUACUGCUUCUUGUCGUAAUGCAUCUUCUACCUUUUUUUUUCAUGCACUUUUUUACUGCAUCCACUCAACUGCUGUCAUACGUUUAGAUUCAUACUUGUCUGCACCUGUAUUUCGCGCCGCGCUGUGGUGCCGUGUGGUAAAUAGUAGGCAUUGGAUUAACGAGUAACAGACUUCUGCAUAUUAACGGAAGUUAACGUGCCCGUUAACAUUUUUAAAAGUUAACUUAAAAGUUAAUCCGUUAAUCAAAAUGUUAACUUCGUCGAGGAGCUCGGUGGCGCAGCGGUAAACGCGCUCGGCCUGCGAUUGUUGAAGUUAAGCAACUUUCGCAAAGGCCGGUCAUAGGAUGGGUGACCACAAAAAAUAAGUUUUCAUCUCGAGCUCCUCCGUGCUUCGGAAGGCACGUUAAGCCGUUGGUCCCGGCUGCAUUAGCAGUCGUUAAUAACCACCAAUCCGCACUGGGCCCGCGUGGUGGUUUAAGGCCCGAUCUCCCUAUCCAUCCAUGGGAAGGCCCGUGCCCCAGCAGUGGGGACGUUAAUGGGCUGGUGAUGAUGAACGAGUUAAUGCCCAGCUAUGCCUAUAAUAAAGUGGUUUUAUUUAUAACGACAAGUUAUAUAAUGUUAUAACGACAAAAUAUGAAAAAAAAAAACAAUUAAAAAAAAGUGUCGGCACUAGCAGCGGCCACCCGAUCAAAACAACUUGUCAUAACGUGUCUCAAUUAGGCUCCGCCCGGGCGCCCCUAUCCGAUAUUAUCCGAAACUUUUAUUUCGGAUUCGGUUACGGAUAUAUUUUUAUAUCGGAUAUCCGAUAGUUACGGUUACGGAGCUCCCUAACAUCCCUGGUUUUUGUACAGAGCGUAUAGAGUGUAGGUACCCCUGAUCCUUGUGAAUAUAACCUUUUUAGAUAAAUAUGUAUGAAUUAUUCUGUAUCGAAUUUGAUUGUUUUUCACAAAUUAUUGUGUUCAUUCCAUUGAAUAAAUUGUAUACACAAU